GGGAGUGGCUACCUGCCACAUAUGCUCGACUAAGAGACUCACACGAGCUGUCAGGCCUGAACUCUCCGCAGGGAAUAACACUUUCUGUCCGGGGUUCUGUCUUAGAGGAAUUCACUCUGAAUCAGGAUGAUGUGGAUAUGACAGUGCCAACCCAACCUUGAGAAUGUAUGAGGUGAUGUCCGGGGACACCCUGUCUUGGAAGGUGCCCAGUCCAAGAAACAGUGACACUGAGUCCGGAAAUGAAUCGCUCUUGACUGAGGACACAGGGCCGAUCAAGAUCCUCAAAGUGUGCUUCUGCACCAACAACAACUUGGGCAAGAACUUCAAGCUGGUCAAAUGUGACAGUUCCUGGCAAAUAAGGGCAAUCAUUCGUUCAAUUCUGAUCUGUGGCAGAUUGGGGCCAAAUAUUGAACAUGCCGGAUGCUAUGGUCUUAUGCUGAAGCACCUGAAGUCAGAAGAGCUUCACUGGCUCCAUCCAGAUCUGACUGUCGGAGAGGUAGAGCAACGCUACGAGAGCCAUCAUGUGGAAGCUGAGUGGAGGUAUGACCUUCGUAUCAGAUAUGUUCCUGUCAACUUCUUGGAGAAAUUCAAAGAUGACAGAUCUACGUUGAUGUAUUUUUACCAACAGGUGCGUAGUGAUUACAUGCAGUUUCAUGCCUGUAAGGUCAGUGAUGGGAUGGCACUGCAGCUGGGUUGUUUGGAGAUCAGGAGGUUCUACAAAGACAUGAAUGCAAAGGGUCUAGAGAAGAAGUCUAACUUUGAGCUGCUAGAAAAAGAGGUGGGCCUGGACCUUUUCUUUCCUCAACAGUUGAUUAACAGCAUGAAGUCCAAGCAGCUACGGAAGUUGAUCCAGCAAACAUUUCAACAGUACGCAACACUUAAGGAGGAUGACUGUAUGGUCAAGUUCUUUGAGACGCUCCAGGAGUUCAUCAGUUACGAUGAGGAGGUCUUUCCAUGUGAAUUGGUGCAAGGUUGGAGUUUGUCGGUGGAGCUGGUCAUCGGUGGGAGAGGCAUUCGCCAACGCACACAGAAGAAUUCAGCUCCCGUGUUUCUAGCCGACUUCAAGCAGAUCAAGAGAAUACAAUGCUUAUCUCAGAGCGACGGCAAGGCUCUCAUAAACCUCGAGAUAGAGGGGGUCAGACAACGUCUGUCAGUCAAUGUGGCCACGGUCCCUAUGGCAGAGAACAUGAUGGACCUUAUUGAUGGGUACUGCCGCUUGGAAAAUGAUACAGAUGACUCUGUUAUCUACAGAGCAAAUAAAGAUGCCAAUGCACGAAGUUCCCUCCCUGAGAUUCCUACAGGCAGAGACACUUCAUCCUCCAUCAGAAACAGUAUGGGGUCAGAUAUCUAUUGUGAGAUUCUCGAUGAAAGGCCCAAAUCAGUUGUGAAAUAUGGGAUCGACCGAGAUGACAUUGUUCUGGGACGAAUCCUUGGUGAGGGGUUUUUCGGGGAGGUCUACGAUGGAUUUUACAAAAAAGCAAAUGGAGAAAGGACUAAUGUGGCAGUGAAGACAUGCAAAGACUGUUCACCUGACGUGAUGGAGAAGUUCAUGAGUGAAGCAGUAAUUAUGAAGAACCUGGAUCAUCCAAAUAUUGUCAAACUAAUUGGAAUCAUAGAGGAGGACCCUGUGUGGAUUGUCAUGGAGCUUUAUCAGUACGGAGAGCUUGGGAACUACCUAACUCAGAACCAGAGCAAUCUGACGAAUAUCACUCUGGUGCUGUUCAGCCUGCAGAUCUGCAAAGCCCUCGUCUACCUCGAAGGGGUCAACAUGGUACACAGAGACAUUGCGGUUCGUAACGUGUUAGUCGCCAGUCCAGAAUGUGUGAAGCUUGGAGACUUCGGUCUGUCUCGAUACAUCGAGGAUGAAGAAUACUACAAAGCGUCUGUUACCCGACUGCCAAUCAAGUGGAUGGCCCCAGAGUCCAUCAACUUCAGACGUUUCACCUCCGCUAGUGAUGUCUGGAUGUUUGCUGUGUGUGUGUGGGAGAUAAUGAGUCGCGGGCAGCAGCCCUUUUUCUGGCUGGAAAACAGAGAUGUGAUCAACCAACUGGAGCAGGGCAUCAGGCUGCCCAAGCCAGACAACUGCCCUCCUGCUUUCUACUCGCUCAUGACCCGCUGCUGGUCAUACGAUCCCAGAGAGAGACCCAACUUCACUGAGCUGGUGGUCAAAAUCAGCGAUGUCCACAAGAUGGAGAAGGAGCAAGAAAUAGAGAGAGAAAGGGACCGAGCACGCUCCACAAAAUUUUUUGACACAAAGUUCCACAUCAGUGAGCCUCCUCCCAAGCCUUCAAGAAUGAAACCAGGGCGGUUUGGGAACACACUCAGUAUUGGUCUGCACAUUCAGCUGAACGAGGCUUUGUGUGCCAGCUCACCUGACCUGGCCAGUCCAAGUGAAUAUCAGUCUCCUGUCGACUCCAUGAGCACUCUCGCAUUGCCAGUCAAGUCCCCUCGACGUCGCAGCAUGGGGGAGGGCGAGUUCUUCCGAGUGGAACCAAACAGCAAGGAGGACGCCCAGCGGCUGUGGCAGAGGGAGAGACACAACAUGCAGGACACUCUCCGCCGGCAGAAAGAGCAGAUGAUGGAGGAUAAAAAGUGGCUGCAGAAUGAGGAGAAACUCCUGGAUCCCAUGGGACCAGAGGACACUGGCGGCCCAGCGUCCCCUGAAGCUGGUGCUGAACAUGCACCGCCAGAGAAGCCCCCGCGGCUCACAGCACAGCCUGCGCCCACAGCCGAGCUAGACCGUUCUGAUGACAAAGUCUACCAGUUUGUUAUGGACCUGGUUAAAGUGGUUGUCCAACUCAAGAAUGACAUCUCUGAACUGCAGCCGGAUCAAUAUAUCACUAUUGUCAAGUCUGUGGGGAUGGCCUUAAGAGAUCUGAUUCGCAGUGUGGAUGACAUACUGCCCACUCUCCAUGAGUCUGUCAGGACUGAGAUCGAGGGCACCCAGAAGCUGCUGAACAAUGACAUGGCAGAACUGAUCAGCAAAAUGCGGUUGGCCCAGCAGAAUGCCAUUACCUCUCUGAAGGAGGAGUGUAAGAAACAGAUGCUGGCAGCAGCUCACAAUCUCGCUAUGGACAGCAAGAACAUGUUGGAUGCAGUGGAUCAGGCGAGGGUCAGGGCCAACUUAGCCAAGCCUGUGGCCCCCUAAUAGACUGUAAACUCACAUGUUCAGUUUACAUAUCAAGCUAAAUCAUCUGACAGUCAUAAAUUACAUUUGCACAUGGUCGAACAUCUUUGUUGUGAUCAAAUGACUUAAAUGAACCUUGCAGCAGCUGUACGUUCUCUGGACAUUCAUCAUGCCUGUACGUGUGUUGUUAAGUAUAAAUAUGAUACUACAACUCAGUGCACAAACCCAACUGGGAAAAUUGAUGCAUUUCCUCACAAAAUAAGUGUAUACAUAGUUUAUAUUGAAAUUGAUGAUUUACAUGAUGGUCUGUAUGUCAGGCAUCAUAUUGCGUACAAUGAGUUAAAUUAUCUGCUCAAAAAUAUAAAUUACCCUUGUAAAUACAAGAAUGUUUCUUGAAUGACAAAUACGUAAUACAACAGAGAAAAGAAAAAGUCAUGUAAUUCAAAUCAUUUACUUUCAUAAUCCUGAUUGAAGUGUAAAGAUGACAAAACACAAGUGUUUCAUGUAUGUAUACAUAUAUCAUGUUUGACCAUUAUGCAUUACGUUAAAAUGUGAGAUGAAGAUGACAGUGGUAUGAAUAAUAAUCGUCAGCAAUGUUUCAGCUACACUGUUCAAUUUGAAAGCAUCAAAACUUUUUUAUAUUAUGUCUUUUAUCAUCGUUAUGAAAUAUGAAAUUCUAGCACGUAAUUCAAGUGACAAAUAAAUAUCGUGAUGUAUGCGAUAGUUCUUCAAUUUCUGUUCAUAAUGUCUGUUUAUUGAAACAUCUCUUGUGGAGUAUGCAAAUGCAGAAG